UCAUCAAAACAAAAGGACUGUCUCUCAUUUGGUUAGAAAAAAAAAGAAAAAAAAUUAAAGAGAGAAAAACAGCUCUCUUUUUAUUUUUAUUUUUAUUAUUUUCUUCUGAAAAUCUCUUUCUAUAUUUUUAGUCUCCUUCUGUUCUUGAUCUGCUAUCUUGUAAUAGCCUUUUUCUUUUCUAUCAUUAUUCCAUUUCAUUUUAUUUUUAACCAAUGGCUGCUCCACCGGCGAGAGCUAGAGCCGAUUACGAUUACCUUAUAAAGCUCCUUCUGAUCGGCGACAGCGGUGUGGGCAAGAGUUGUCUUCUUUUGCGUUUCUCGGAUGGCUCCUUCACUACUAGUUUUAUCACCACUAUUGGGAUUGAUUUUAAGAUAAGAACUAUUGAGCUUGAUGGCAAAAGAAUUAAGCUUCAAAUUUGGGAUACAGCUGGUCAGGAGCGAUUCCGAACAAUUACAACUGCUUACUAUCGUGGAGCCAUGGGUAUUUUGUUGGUCUAUGAUGUUACUGAUGAAUCAUCUUUCAACAACAUCAGAAAUUGGAUUCGCAACAUUGAACAGCAUGCUUCUGAUAAUGUAAACAAGAUUCUGGUGGGAAACAAGGCUGACAUGGAUGAAAGCAAAAGGGCUGUGCCAACAUCUAAGGGCCAAGCACUUGCCGAUGAGUAUGGAAUCAAGUUUUUCGAAACUAGUGCAAAGACAAAUCUAAAUGUUGAGCAAGUUUUCUUUUCAAUAGCAAGGGAUAUUAAACAAAGGCUUGCUGAUACAGACUCGAGGACUGAGUCAACAACACUCAAGAUCAAUCAACCAGACCAGGCAGGUGGGGCUGGUCAAGCUGCGCAAAAGUCGGCAUGUUGUGGAUCUUAAGAGCAAAUUAUUAUUUAGUGAUGCACUAAUUGCAGGUGACAAUUUUUGUCUGAAAAGGAAGGGAAAGAAAACUAAUUCUGAUGACAGGAAGAUGGGUGCUUGUAAUUCUUCUUUUUUAUCAUAUUCUUUUCAAUCUUGUUUUAGUGUGUGAAAGGCAGUUUAUUACUAGAAAAAUGCAUUUUGAAGUUAACAAUUGUGCGUCAUGUGGCACUUUUUAGUUGGUUGCCUAUUUUUUUCUUUGCUCAAGACUUAUGCCCGAGACGUUGUUAAACGUUAGUUUCUUUGUAAUGUAAAAAAAAAAAAAAAGAAGACAAUUACUAAAGAUAUUAGUAGGGGAUAUUAAAAUUGCAUGACAGCAGGAAAAGGCCAAUUGGUCAGAGUUUAAGAUGUUA